GAUUAUGGAUUCGAAGCCCGAGAGUGGAAUUGAUGUACCGACGGACGUCAGCGCAGAAAUAAUACCGGGGUCAGUCGACGUGCCGGAAGGAAAAGGAGAGGUCUCUACAAUGGGAUUAACGACAAUGCAGGAAGGGUUCUUUGCUCAAAUGAUAACGAUGAUGAGUGAGAUGAGGACAGAGAAUAAGCAAAUGAAUAACCAACUGGGGGACAAAUUGAGCGGUCAGAUAAAAGAGAUAAAUAAGAAGAUAGAGAACCAGAAUAAAACGACAGCGGAAUUAAGACAGGACGUGGUGAGAAUCAUGAACGAGAUUAGGCAAGACAUGCAGGAGAGCGUCAGAGAGGUAGAAAAGAAGACCGAUGGAAAUACGAGGGAGAUUAGAGAAUUAAGGACGGAUAUGGCCGAGAACAUCAGCGUGCUGCACCAACAUCACGAAGGGGUGAACAAGCGAGUGAUGGAGGUAGAGAACCAGAUUAGGAUGGAGGUCAGCUACACGCAGCAGGAGUUUGAAAAAGUUGAAAAGGGAUUUUGUCAUAUGCAAGAAGUCUGCAACAAAAAUAAAAGUACGAGUGAGGAAGAAUUAAAAGAACUACGGAAGGAAUUGGAGAAUAAGCCGAGACAGGGAGGAAUACAGUACGCCAACAAUUUUAAAGGGGACCUAGAUCGUCUGGAACAGUUCACGGGUAAGGGAAAAGUCCACCCUAUGACGUUUCUAAAAAUUUUAGAGGCGACGAUCCUAAACAACAGGCGAAUUUUUGGGAAACUAUUCACGAACGUGGACGAAAUCAGCUUGAUAAGAAGUGUUCUAAAGGAAGACGCGCAGAUUUGGUAUGACACGGUGGACGAGAAGAUUGCCAACUUCGAGUCAUUCAAGGAAAAUUUUAUAAGCCAAUACUGGGGCGAUUGGGAGCAAAAUAAAACACGGGACCAAUUAAACAUGGGAAAGUAUAACCGAAAUAGGGGUAGCCGUGUGAAGUACCUGAUGGAAAAUUAUUCACAAUUUAAACACCUAGAAAAUGGGAUACAGGAAUCAGUGCUGGUAAGGCGGCUGGCAAAACAUUAUGAAGAGGAGAUUUCCCAGAAGGUCACGAAGGACGACAUCACCACGUACGAAGAAUUUUUAAGGAUGCUCAAACGUUACGACACGGCUGACGAGGAGAAGGACGCCGCCUACGAUUAUAAGAUCAGGGAGCAAGGACGGCAGUAUGAAAAACAAGGAUACGGAAACCAGUGGAGAGGAAACAGACCAUACGGAGCGUAUCAAGAAACCUGGCGAGGUUGCUACCCCUUGGCCGGACGAAGAAAAGGGGUGGUCGGACUCAUUUUACGGGCCCUGAGAUUUGUGUUUUUAAGAGUUUGUGUGGGAUUGAGCUAGUAAGGGUACGUUGUGUGGGUAUCUUUCAGGCUUAGGAAGUUUACACAA